AUGAAGGUCACCAUCAUAUCCUUAGUGGGGACCCACCGUCGCCUCCACUACUUCCUCUGCAAUCUCUCCUUCCUGGAGAUCUGGUUCACCACAACUAACAUCCCCAAGACUCUUACCAAUCUUAUGUCCCAAAGCAAAACCAUCUCCUUCCUCAGCUGCCUCCAGCAAAUGUACUUUAUCUUCUCCCUAAGCUGCACUGAAUUUCUGCUCCUGGCCAUCAUGGCCUAUGAUCACUAUCUGGCCAUAUGCCACCUAUUGAGCUAUAGUUCCAUCAUGAACAGCACCUUGUCCACUCAGUUGGCCAUUGGCUCAUGGGUAGGUGGCUUCCUGAUUAUUUCUGUACCAGCAUUUCUGAUUACCAGGUUGUCCUUCUGUGGCCCUACGGUCAUCAAUCAUUUCUUCUGUGACAUAGAUUCUUGGCUAGAGCUCUCCUGCACAGACACGCGCCUCUCUGAGAUGGUGUACACUACUAUCUGCUUUAUUGUCAUCCUGGACUCCUGUCCAGUCACCUUGGUCUCCUAUAUUUACAUCAUCUCCACCAUCCUGAGAAUCCUAUCUGCCCAAGGCCAGAAAAAGGCCUUUUCCACUUGCUCUGCCCAUCUCACUGUUGUGGUUAUAUUGUACAGCUCUGCCAUCUUCUUGUAUGUCGAACCUUCUAAACAGAACUCACUGGACAUGAACAAAAUUGUCUGUGUCUUCAAUACUAUUGUGACACCAUUGCUUAACCCUUUCAUUUACACUCUAAGGAAUAAAGAAGUCAAGGACAUCUGGAGAAAGGCUUUCAGUAGGAUAUGAUCUUAUUGUCCAAUGGUCUGGAUAUCAUUGAU